AUGGUGACUCGCGCCGCGGUCGCGCCUCUGCCGGGUCCGGCUGCCGGGGAGCUGGGGCUGGAACGCAGUCUCCUGGGCGAACUUCAAAAGUUGGUUCCCUUCGCCAAAAACAGGCUCUCGACACCCAAGCACUCACAGGAACCAAUGGGAACCCUGGGGGGACUCCAUCCAGGCGGGAUCGGCGGCGGUAGUCCUCCUCCACGCCAGCCUCCAAAGAGCGCUGCUGACCCAGCUCGCUCCCGGUGGCAUGACUUGAACUGGGUUCAGGAAGUAAACUUGGUUGGCUAUAACAGGAUGGUCCUCUCUGGAUCUGUGGUGCAGCAUGACUUUGUUCCUGCUUGGCUAAAUUUCUCAACACCACAGUCAGCUAAGUCACCUACGGCCACCUUCGAAAAACACGGAGAGCACCUACCCCGAGGAGGUGGUAGACUUGGAGUAAGCCGUCGUCGACAUAAUUCCUCUGAUGGCUUUUUUAACAAUGGACCUCUACGAACGACAGGAGAUUCCUGGCACCAGCCCUCCCUAUUCCGCCACGAUUCCGUGGACUCUGGUGUUUCUAAGGGAGCAUAUGCUGGAAUCACAGGGAACCUAUCCGGUUGGCACGGCUCUUCCUGAGGUCACGACGGCAUGAGCCAGCAUAGGGGUGGCACAGGGAACCAUCGCCACUGGAAUGGCAGCUUCCACUCCCGGAAAGGCUGUGCCUUUCAGGAAGAGCCACCUACAGAGAUUAGGGAAGAGAAGAAAGAUGAUAAGGUGGAAAAGUUGCAGUUUGAAGAAGACGACUUUCCUUCUUUGAAUCCAGAAGGUUGCAAACAGAAUCAGCCAUGCAGACCCAUUGGGACCCCUUCUGGAGUGUGGGAAAACCCACCUAGUGCCAAGCAGCCCUCCAAAAUGCUAGUCAUCAAAAAAGUUUCCAAAGAAGAACCUGCUGCUGCUUUCUCUGCUGCAUUCACCUCACCAGGAUCUCACCAUGCAAACGGAAACAAAUUGUCAACCAUGGUUCCAAGUGUCUAUAAGAACCUGGUUCCUCAGCCUGUACCACCUCCAUCCAAGCCCAGUGCGUGGAAAGCUAACAGAAUGGAACACAAAUCAGGAUCCCUUUCCUCUAGCCGGGAGUCUGCUUUUACCAGUCCAAUCUCUGUUACCAAACCAGUAGUACUGGCGGGUAUAGUUUUAAGCUCUCCCAAAGAGAGCCCCGCCAGCACCACUCCUCCAAUUGAGAUCAGCUCCUCUCGUCUGACCAAGUUGACCCGCCGAACUCCUGACAGGAAGAGCGAGUUCCUGAAGACUCUGAAGGAUGACCGGAAUGGAGACUUCUCAGAGAGCAGAGACUGUGAGAAGCUGGAGGAAUCAGAGGACAACAGCACACCUGAAGCAAAAGAAAAUGGAGAGGAAGGCUGUCAUCAGAAUGGUCUUGCUCUCCCCGGAGAAGACGAAGGGGAGGUCCUCUCUCACUCUUUGGAAGCAGAGCACAGGUUAUUGAAAGCAAUGGGAUGGCAGGAGUAUCCUGAAAAUGAUGAGAAUUGCCUUCCCCUCACAGAGGAUGAGCUCAAAGAGUUCCACAUGAAGACAAAGGAGCUGAGAAGAAAUGGCUUUGGGAAGAAUGGCUUCUUGCAGAGCCAAAGUUCUAGCCUGUUCUCCCCUUGGAGAAACACUUGUAAAGCAGAGUUUGAGGACUCAGACGACACGGAAACCAGUAGCAGUGAAACAUCUGAUGACGAUGCCUGGAAGUAGGCAUAGCAAUGCUUACUGUUAAAUCUGACCCAGUAAACUCAGCUUGUGUGUUUAGGGGUUAUACAGAAGAAAUCGUUCUUUUCCUUUUCUUUUUCUUGUGUUGUUGUUGAAUACUUCAUGCACAAGGGAAAUAAUCAUA